AGAGCAAAAGUAUUAGAUAGUAAUGUGUAAAGGGCAAAAUUUGCUACAACUUUUGUUGUAGAAAUAAGUUGAUGGAGAAGUCCGAUAGGAAGCUUUUGAAUAUACAAAAGCAUCUUAAUCGGGCCAAAACGAUCGAGAUUAAACCACAAGAGUCGUUUUAUUCAACUAUUGAAAUUAAAAAUAGCGACAGCAACUCAGAUUCGUCGUUUCAUUCGGCUAUUUCGAACAAUUUUGAUGAGAAUAACCCAAAUGAAGGUGAGGGUAAAAAAAUUGAAUUAACUCCAUUAAAAUUGACUCAAAACGUGGUUAAAGAAAAUAAUAAAUCGAUUUGUUCGGAGUUAGACUCGAUUAAUGCGAAUUUGAUAAAUAACGAGGUUGAGAAUGAGUUAAUUAAGAUGGUGAGGGAGAAUAAAGAGGCGGCUUUAAAGAAUAAAAUGAGGGUGAUGUCGGACGAAAUGGGGUUUAUUUGGAAUAAUAAUAACAACAAAGAUUGUUGUGGGGAGCCAAAAAUCGAAUCGAAUCUAAACGUCGUAAACGAAAAUUUUAAAAAAAUCGACGAAAAUGUGUUAAAUAAUAAUAAUAACACGAAAGAAAUAAAUUUAAUCAAGAACGAUCGGAAUUUAACGCUAAAUUUGGCCCAAAACGAUUCAAAAACGAUUUUUAGCCAAUUUUGGAAAAGUCCAAAUUUCGAAUUUCCCAAACCGAUGUCGAUCGAUUCAACCCCCUCAACAUCAAUUUGUUCCAAAUCAACGAUCGAAUUCCAAUUCAACCCCACACCCACUUCACCAGAUCUAAACAACUUGGAAAAACAAAUCGAAAAAAGCGUCUCGAUUCCGCUAAAAGCUCAAAUUAAUCUGAUCGAUAACGAAUUAUUACGCCACUUUUUCGUUAAUUUGAAAUAUUUGGAUCAUUUGAAAUUGUUUCGGAGUUAUUUCUUUUUGUUGGAUGGCGAGUUUAGUCGGAAUAUAACGGAGGAGUUGUUUAAUAAGUUGUAUAAGGGGAAAGAUUCGAAACCGACGGAUUUGUUGAAUGUGAGUACUUUGCAAAAUUUGAUUCGACACGCGUUGGAUUCGUCGAUUAAAUCGAAGGGGGAGUUUGCCUCGAUUUUGUCGUUUAAGAUUAAUAAUAUUCCGAAGAAUUUCGAUUUGAACGACCCCGACGUGCUGAGUUGUUUGUCGCUGAGUUAUGAAGUAAAAUGGCCGUUAAAUGUGUUGUUGCCGAAGGAUAUCGUCGCGAAGUACGAUGAGGUGUUCAAAUUUUUGUUGAAGUUGAAUAUGGUGUCGUGGGUUUUGAAGGAGAUGUUUCAGACAUUAAAAAUAUUUUCAAGACAAUGUGGCCAACGCGAAGGAUUCCUAAUUUUAUCACCACACUUCAAAAAAAUCCAAUCGUUUAGACACCGAAUGAGCCAAUUUUUGCAAGCUCUCCAAAACUACGUGAUGAGCGAAGUCCUUCAACCGAGUUGGAGCAUUUUUGAAAAAAAGAUAACCUCAGCCAUUAACCUCGACGAUCUUUACAACAUUCACACCGCUUACAUCAAAGACAUCCUUUUCAAGUGUUUAUUAAAUAAGCGAUUCACCCCAGUUCGAGAAGUGAUCGAAAACGUUGUUACGUUAAUUUUGAAAUUCUUUCGUUACUUGUCUUCUGGACGGUGGGUUUUUGAUGAUGAUGAGGGAGUUUAUUCGCACACUAAUAUGAAAAAGCUCGAAACGAUCUUUAGGAAUUUCGAGGAAUUCGCUGUUUAUAUAUUUAAAGUUGGUCAUAAAAUCGUUAGGGUUGGAUAUCAACCGCAUUUGUUACAAUUAUUGGAUAUGUUGGAUGUUAAUCAGUAUUAUUCGAAAAAUAUCAAUUCUGAAAUUUAAACAAAAAUUUUCUUUUCAAACAAUUCUGUGCUUUAUUAAA